CCCCACAGAACACCCUCCAUUUCAUCUUCUUCUUUCCAUCUCUCAAAUCAUUACAACCAACUCGAGAAUGGGCUCCACCGAAUCCCAACAUGUAGUCGAACAAGAAGAAAGCCAAGACGAAUACGACGAGGUAGAAGAAGAAGAAGAAAAUGAAGAAAGACCCAUCGCCGGAAAACUCCAAAACAAUCUCUUGGUCAAGAAAGUGCUGGAACAAGAACCCGAAAUCUCGCCCUGCCAUGCAUCGGCGGCAUCCCCGCUUUCUCCCCAGCGAUCUUCAUUCGGCGCUCCCACGACGGAUCCUUCGGCCAAAGCCUGGGACUCUGACAAUGCGUUAGCCCCGCCGCCUCCUCCGGUUCUCACGCGCGGCCCCUCCUCGAGUGAUGAUCGGAUGGUGAUCGAGGUUUACCUGAUAAGCCACGGCGAGUGUGAGUUGAAUUUGAGGCCUGAUGUCGUGGGCAGUAGAUACGACGCUGCCGCCUUGACCUCAAACGGGAAACGCCAAGCCAGGGCGUUGGCCGUGUUCUUAAAUUCCCAAGGGGUCAGGUUUAAUGCCGUCUAUUGCUCCUCGUUGGAUCGGGCUAGAUCCAUGGCUCUUUAUGUUUGUAAGGAGAUGAAUUUCGCAGAGGCGCAUAUACAAUCAUCUGAUGUACUUAUGGAUCUGGAUAUGGGGCACUGGGAGGGACGCCUCCGAUCGGAAAUAUACACACCUGAUGUCCUGAGCCUAAUGGAAAGAUACCAACCCGAUUUCGCUGCACCUUCCGGCGAGUCUCUCCGGCAACUCGAAUUCCGAAUGGUUCAAUUCUUGAACGGGAAACUCCUCUGUCUUCCUGAGAAGUUGAGGUCUGAUUGUUUCUUACGCCAAAACGAGACCCGAGGGUUCACAAACCACAACACCACCACCCGUGGUGUAAACACCUCGGUUCACAGGCAACCGAAGAAGAAGUCCGGUAAGAGCCGGCUAAAGACCGUGUCGAACAUCGUGGAACACGAUGCCGAUGACGAAAUGUCUCCAAAGGUGUCCAACAAUCACCCCAGACUUCAUGACAUAAACGUCAUGAAUUCCUCUUUCCCCUCCACCAACACCUCCUCGGCCUCCUCUUGUGUCGGCGUUUUCACUCAUUCGCUGCCGAUUAAAUGCCUCGUCACUGGCAUCCUCGGGUGCAGCCCCGUAAUGUCGAAUAAGAUCUGCGUAGAAGACUCUUCUGUGACCGUGCUGCAGCAUUCGUGGAAAACUGGCUGGCAGAUAAAAUCGUUGAAUGAUACUGCACAUCUUCGGCUUCUUUAGCUCAAGUUUGGGGAC